AGAAAGUAAAGGUUUUCCAGCGAUUACUCAGUCUGGGUCAGCAAACACAUCUCCUCUGCUUCAAAGAGCUUCCAGUACACAUUCUGAAGAGAGGAUGCUGCAGGAGACCAGCGUUAGAGCAAGUCCAAGCUGAUCGCUCCAUCCCCUCCCUCCCCCGCCCAGUCCUCCACAAUCCCAGGAUGCUCUGCCCCUGCCGAGGGAAGCUGAAGUUGCUGGUGGUGUCUCUGAGUUUCGUCAUCCUGUUCACCUGGCUUUACCUGCUCGUGGGGAACUCGGAAAACGGGCGUUCCCUGCUCCUCUCCGCGUGCCUGGUGGAAUCUACAGAAGCACGGCUGCUGGAACGGGACGUCCUGGCAUCGCGGGUUCGAGAGGUGGAGGAAGAGAACCGGCAGAUCCGCCUCCAGCUGAGCCAAUCGCAGGGCCUGGCUGCCCAGCCUGCUGAGGGUAACUAUGGCAACCAGCAGUGGGUUGCAUCAGCAGACACCGGUCCAGAAGACGUGGAGAACACAGCCGAGGAACGGGCCAAUCACAGCGAGUGUUCUCGCUCGCCCACAGCCGAGAAGUGUGAGUUGAUUCACGUGGCGUGUGUGUGUGCGGGUCACAACGCCAGUCGGGACGUGGUCACUCUGGUCAAAUCUAUCCUGUUCCACAGGAGAAACCCACUACACUUUCAUUUCAUCACAGAUACAGUGGCCAAUCAGAUCCUCAGCACUCUGUUCCAGUCAUGGAUGGUGCCGUCCGUACAAGUCAGCUUCUAUGACGCUGAUGAACUCAAAUCGGAGGUGUCAUGGAUACCAAACAAACACUAUUCAGGAAUUUACGGCCUGAUGAAGCUCACACUCACCAAAGCUCUGCCGUCCAACCUUUCAAAGGCCAUCGUCCUCGAUACAGAUAUCACCUUCGCCACGGACAUCGCCGAGCUGUGGGCCAUCUUCCGGAAGUUCACAGAGAAACAGGUGAUUGGUCUGGUAGAGAAUCAGAGCGAUUGGUACCUCGGUAAUCUGUGGAAAAAUCAUAAACCCUGGCCAGCCCUCGGGAGGGGCUUUAACACAGGUGAGGGCUUGCAGCUUCUUGGCGAUAUAUGAUUCUAAUAAGAAAAGAA